GACUGUAGAGAGAGCCGAACGCUGCCGUUUAUCAGCGGGACACUGAGGACGGGGACAACCUGGGCUCAGAUACUCUUAAGAGAUCUACACUGAUUGGGCGAACCAUUAUUUGGCCAAGUCCGGUUGUCCAAGGCUUAUUAAGGACCUGACUCAGGACAUACCCGAUGGAGUUCUGCUGGCAGAAAUCAUCCAGAUAAUAGCUAAUGAAAAGGUAGAAGAUAUUAACAUCUGCCCCAAGACUCACUCUCAAAUGAUUGAGAAUGUGGAGGCUUGUCUGAAUUUCUUAGGGGCCAGAGGAGUCAGUGUUCAAGGGCUCUCUGCUGAAGAGGUGUGUAAUGGGAAUCUGAAGAGCAUCCUGGGUUUGUUCUUCAUCCUGUCCCGCUACAAACAGCAACAGCAGCACCAGCAGCAGUACCUGCAGUCAUUGGUGGAGCUUCAACAGCACGUCACGCAUCAGAGCACAGGGGUGGCGCCAGCGAGCCAGCACAAAACACCAGACAUGCAGUCCAGUCUCACCGCACGAUAUACAAGUCCACCAGGUCACAGUGGAAUAGCAGCCCCUCAGAAGAAAAACACAAGGUUACCAGGUCCCUCCAGAGUCCCCGCUGCAGGCAGCGGCAGUAGCAGCAGUAAAGCCCACGGCUCCUCAAACCUGAACCGAAGGAGCCAGAGCUUCAACAGUAUUGACAAGAGCAAACCACUGCAGUAUGCUAGCGGCAACGACAGAGAGUCGGUGAAGGGCAUCCCUCUGCCAGGCAGCAUGAACGGCAGUGGCUCGGUGCCCUCAAGCACCAGCGGGCAGCAGCUGGCCUCUGCCAUCCCCUCUCCCACAGCUGGAAAGUCCUGGCGCAGCAAAUCCAUGAACAUAAAGCACAGUGCCACCUCGUCCAUGCUGGCCACCAAGCCGCCUAGCCCAACCGCUUCCCCGACUCCUCCCUUAUCAUCUGAUCGCCUCCGGCCCCCAAUCACAGAUGCCUCCAAAUCAGCCCCCGGCAACCAGCGCUCCAUGUUGGAGAAGUUCCGGCUCAUCAACCCUCGCUCCGCAUCCAGAACCUCGCCCUCGGUGGCCGAAAUGUCUCUUCAGGAGGAGGACGACUUGUCAGAGUUUGGAGAUGAGGGGACCUGCAGUCCCACACCACCCUGUGGGAUCUCAAAACAUCAGGGGAAGACCUCCGCAUCCUCCUUUGCACCCCCAAACAAGACCAACAACUGUAAGAACCACAACAAUAAGUCCUUGCCGCAGCCCAAAGACAAAGAAGAGAAGAACAAGACAAAGAGCAAAGCCAGCACACCACCCAAAGAGGAGCCCGUAAUAGUGGAGCCCUCUAAGAAAGGCUCAAAGAUCGCCAGCUUCAUCCCCAAAGGAAGCAAAACAUCUGCAGCCUCUGUGAAGAAAGAAAGUGCAAUCCCCGCCUCCAGCGGCAUCCCCAAGUCUGGUCUGAAGGCUCCAGCGGCGACCACCAAGCUUGCAGCAUCUCAGCCUAGUGUACCUGCUACAAGUGAGAAGACCAAACAUAGUAAAGGCAGUCAGUCUAUAUACAUGCAGAAAUCUUUGGGAGGUUUGGAGAAUCGUAAGACCAGCAUGGUGUCAUCAACCAGUACCUCAGCACUUUCUGGAUCCGCCACUUCAGGGCUGGGUGGUGGAGGAGCACUAGGAGGCAAUGGGGUAGUACAACUUCCCCAGCAGCAGCAAUACAACCAUCCCAACACAGCAACCGUCGCCCCCUUCAUGUAUCGGACGUAUUCAGAGAAUGACUGCACUACCGUGGUCCCCACUGAACCGUGUCUCAGUCCCACAAAAGACCUGGUCUACAGCAAGACUGCCAAACAGUGCCUGGAGGAGAUCUCAGGGGAGGAUCCAGAGGCUAGACGGAUGCGUACAGUGAAGAACAUCGCCGAUCUGAGACAGAAUCUUGAAGAAACCAUGUCCAGUUUACGUGGGACGCAGAUAAGCCACAGUACCCUUGAGACAACAUUCGACACCACUGUAACUACAGAAGUGAACGGUCGUGGCCUCCCCGCCCUCUCGAGCCGCUCUUCCCCCAUGUCUUGGCGUCUCGCCCAAGGGUCCAAUCCUCGUCUUCAGGCCGGCGACGCUCCUAGCUUCACCCCGCCCAGAUCCAGUGCUGGCACCACUGGUCGCUAUGGUGACUCAUCGAGGUUGUUAUACACUGCCCCCCUGAGGAGAGCGGCGGCCUCAGGGGUUCGAGGGUCAGAGCCGGGAGAGAAAGGUGGGGUUUCUGAGGCGGGGCCAGAGGUGGACGUGACCGGAUACGGGAGCGAUGGGGACAUACUCGCCAAGAAUGUACAUGCAGACGAUAUCAGUGGGUAUCACACUGACGGAGGUCUUUACUCUCGGAAUGUCGACCUUUACUCUCGAAAUGUUGGUCGCCCACCUGAGAUGACUCCAACUCGAGAGGUCGUUCAAAAAGGAGUCAAAGAGAUGCAAGGGGAAGACAGCUGGGAUGACAGUAGUUCGGUCAGCAGUGGUUUGAGUGAUACUUUAGAUAACAUCGGCACUGACGAUCUGAAUCCACCCACAUAUUCCGGCAUCUCAUCUCGCAAGAGCAAAGCAGCACAGUCAAAUAAAGAUACGCACAGUCAUACCGAGCAGGAUGGUAGCAGCUGGGCUGGUGCUGAGGAUCUGAAGAAGGUUGAUGAAGAGAUGGAUCCAGGUAUGGACCCUUCCUGCAAGUGGAAGUCUUCAUCCCCUUCCUCUUCAUGUCAGGGUGAGGACGUUGGCCAGAAGACAGCUUUGGCCAUGUCUCAAACAGGCUCCUGGAGGAGGGGCAUGAGUGCCCAGGUUGGCAUCACACCACCACGGACCAAAGGCUCAUCGACCUCUCUCAAAUCACCAGGUAAAACAGAUGAUGCCAAGGCAUCUGAGAAGGGCAAGGUCCCAUCUAAGAGCCCAAGCAUCCAGCGCUCACCAUCGGAUGCAGGCAAGAGCAGCGGAGAUGAAGGGAAGAAGCCACCCUCAGGCAUCGGUCGUCCACCUACCACAAGCUCCUUCGGCUUUAAGAAGAUUCCGGGUUCUGCCGGAGCCCUUAUCACAGCCAGCGGGGCCACUCUGACCAGUGGUUCUGCGACUCUAGGCAAGGUACCAAAGUCUGCAGGCAUUGGGAAGGGUGCAGGUAUCGGCAAUGAGCGGAAGACAAGUCUCGAUGGUGCUCAACACCAGGAUGAUGCCGUUUUGUUAGGCUGUGGAGGCUCCAAGGUUCCACUCCAGUAUCGCUCCCUACCUAGACCGGCAAAGUCAUCUAGUGGGGGAAGCAGCGUGGUGGGCCGCAGCGGGCAUCGUUCCAGCUCUAGCAGCAUUGAUUCUAAUGUCAGCGGAAAGUCUGCGGGAGGUAGUGGAGGGGUGGUUGGAACCCCAACCAGCACAAAGAGAAGAGACCCCGGGAAAGUGGGGUCAGGACGCUCUAGUCCCAUUACCAUCAACCAAACGGAUAAAGAGAAAGUGGCAGGGUCGGAUCAAGAGGGAACGGGGUUGUCCACCUCCCCCAAAUCCAGUCCCACUUCCACCCAAUCGGGACUCAGACAGCCAGGCUCCAAAUACCCAGACAUUGCAUCCCCCACAUUCCGCAGGUUGUUUGGCAGCAAGACUAGCAGUAAACCAAGUUCCCCUGGCACCCCUGACUCCGGUAAAUGCCCAUCGGCACUGGGCAGUCCUCAUGGCACACUGGCGCGGCAGGCCAGCCUGGAUUCACCCUCCUCAGGAACAGGUAGUCUGGGCAGCAUGGGUGGGCAAAGUGGAGGCAGCAGCCCGUUGUACGGCAAAACGCCCGACCUGGGCACUGACUCCCCCGCCUCUAGUCCGGCGUCAGGCCUCUCUCUGCCCUCUAACGCCCGGCCUUGGCCUCCGAACCUCAGCAGUUCCUCUGCGGGCAGUAAAGACACACUGAGCUGCCACAGUAUGACCAGUUUACACACAAGCUCAGAGUCCAUAGACCUGCCGCUCCCACAUCACCAUGGGCCAAAGGUCACCCGCACAGGCAGUGUCAAGUCCACCCUGUCUGAGGGCAUGCCUCUUGACAGAAACACUCUCCCCAAAAAGGGAUUAAGGUAUCCUCCAUCCUCCAGACAGACAUCACAUGAGGAAGGAAAGGAAUGGUUGCGUUCUCACUCCACUGGAGGUCUGCAGGACACAGGAAGUCCACUUUCACCACCGGGCACAACCAGCACCAACGCUGGCAAAUACCACUACUCAAACCUGCUGAGUCCCACCAGUAUGUCACAGUAUAAUCUUCCCAGCACCAGUAUGAGCCGCUCCAACAGUAUUCCAGCACAGGAUUCAUUCGAGCUGUACGGGGAGGGUCACACUUUGGGUGGCAGUGCCACCUCGCUGGAGGAACGGCCACGCGGGAUGAGCCGGUCCGGCUCCUUCCGAGACAGCACCGAUGAAGUUCAUGGUUCUUCUCUGUCUUUGGUCUCGAGCACAUCAUCUUUGUAUUCUGCGGUGCUGGCCUUUUUAGACAAGACGGAGGAGAAGGCCCACUCUGAGGGCCAAACAGUCCAAAAUACAACGCAAAUCAGAAAACUGCGGAGAGAGCUGGACGCUUCUCAGGAGAAAGUGGCAACCCUGACCUCUCAGCUGGCGGCCAACGCACACCUGGUGGCUGCGUUUGAGAAGAGUCUGACGAACAUGACCUGUCGCCUGCAGAGUCUAACAAUGACAGCGGAGCAAAAGGAGUCCGAGCUGGCGGAGUUGAGAGAGACCAUUGAAGCGUUGAAAACUCAGAACACAGAUGCUCAGACGGCCAUUCAAGUGGCCCUCAACGGCCCUGAUCACGUUCAUAAAGACCUGAGGAUCCGUCGACAGCACUCGUCAGAAAGUAUGUCCAGUAUUAACAGUGCAGCCAGCCAUUCCAGUAUGGGUAGCGCUAAAGACGCAGACGACAAGAAGAAAAAGAAGAAAAGCUGGGGAAAGGAUAGAGGACACAAGGUGGCUGAUUCCAUCCCCGCCCAGUUGCGGAGCUCCUUUAAGCAGGCCUUCAGCAAGAAAAAGACCAACAAGACCCAAUCAUCUCACGAUGAGUUUGAAGAGAUGACUGACUCAUCCCUCCCUUCUUCACCCAAACUACAACACACCAACAGACAGACCAGCACCAUCCAACCACUGCUCUCAUCACCGUCCACCACAGAAAAGUGUUUUUGUGAUAGCAAGUCCUCCCCCAUUUGGAUGCCAAAGAAAAAGUCAAACGGUCAUGUGGUCUACAAGCACAGAUCUCGACUGUGUGAAUGUACAGAGGCCGAGGCCGAGAUUAUCCUACAGCUGAAGAAUGAACUGAGAGAGAAGGAGCUGAAGCUGACUGAUAUCAGACUGGAGGCGUUAAGCUCCGCCCACCACCUUGAUCAGAUACGAGAAGCCAUGAAUCGCAUGCAGAAUGAGAUUGAGCUGCUGAAGGCUGAGAAUGACAGACUCAAGUCCAGUGGCAACACCACACCUGCUGCCACACCUGCUAAAACAGCCCGUCCACCUUCAGAAACCUCCAGCACGUCCUCCUCGUCCUCACGCCAAUCUCUGGGGCUGUCGCUGAACAACCUCAACAUCACAGACACCAUUAUGUCAGAUAUUCUGCUGGAUGACGGCUAUGAGGGCAACCUACGCAAAGAGGGCAGGAGCGUCCGUAUAGUGGUCAUGAUCAAGAGCGACUUCAACAAGACCAAGGCUAUGCAGAAGAAGGUGUAUCUGAUUGGCUCCAUUGGCGUCAGUGGAAAGACCAAGUGGGACGUGUUGGAUGGUGUAAUACGACGCUUGUUUAAGGAGUAUGUGUUCCGUGUGGACCCGUUAACCAGUCUGGGACUGAAUUCGGAUAGUAUAGUGUGCUAUAGGAUGGGGGACGUGGUCCGAUCUCAUGCUUCUGAGGUGCCUGAACUGUUGCCCUGUGGAUAUCUGGUGGGCGACAACAACGUCAUCACAGUCAGCCUCAAAGGUGUGAAGGAGGGUAGUAUUGAUGACUUGGUGUUUGAUACAUUGAUCCCUAAACCCAUCAUUCAACGCUAUUUGAACCUGCUGAUGGAGCACCGUAGAAUCAUUUUGUCCGGUCCGAGUGGAACUGGCAAAUCCUACCUAGCCACUAAACUGGCUUACUUCAUCAUCUCCAAGACUGGUCGAGAGGUAACCGACACUAACUUGGCGAGCUUCAACGUGGACCAGAAAUCCAGCAAGGAUCUUCGACAGUACCUCUCUAGCCUGGCCGAGCAGUGCAACACAGAGGAGUGUGAGAUCGAGCUCCCCACCGUAGUUAUUCUGGAUAACCUCCAUCAUAUUGGCUCCCUCAGUGACAUCUUCAAUGGAUUCCUCAACUGCAAAUACCACAAAUGCCCGUAUGUCAUAGGAACUAUGAACCAGGGUGUGUCCUCAUCUCCAAACUUGGAGUUGCAUCACAACUUCAGGUGGGUGCUGUGUGCCAACCACACUGAGCCGGUGAAGGGCUUCCUGGGCCGAUUCCUGAAGAGAAAGUUGAUUGAAACUGAGAUUGAUAAGAACAUGCGCAGCAACGACCUCAUCAAAAUCAUCGACUGGAUCCCCAAAACCUGGCAACACCUCAAUUCCUUCUUAGAGGCUCACAGCUCCUCAGACGUCACUAUCGGUCCUCGGCUGUUCCUGUCCUGUCCAAUGGAUGCGGACGGCUCACGUGUGUGGUUUACUGACCUGUGGAACUAUUCUCUAGUGCCAUAUCUACUGGAAGCAGUACGAGAAGGACUGCAGCUGUAUGGUAAGAGGGCGGCAUGGGAGGACCCUUCCAAAUGGGUGAUUGACACCUACCCUUGGAGCUCCGCCUCCCUGCAGCAUGAAGGCCAGUCUCUGCUGCAGCUGCGGCCCGAGGACGUGGGCUAUGAUGGCUACACUUCCUCUAAAGACGGAGCCGCCUCCAAACAAGUAUCUCAGAGUGACACAGAGGGAGACCCACUGAUGAAUAUGUUGAUGAGGCUACAGGAAGCUGCGAACUACUCCAGUGCCCAGAGCUGUGACAGCGACAGCGCCAGUCACCACGACGACCUGCUGGACUCCUCGUUGGAGUCUGCCCUCUAAGCCCCGCCCCAUUCGAAGAGGAAGUCUUCUGAUUGGUUUAAAAAGCAAAGGGCCCACAGGACUUGUGCUCAUGAGACAGGCUUAUGAAACGCCCGACGCCUCCGGUGGAGUGUCCAGUAUACAGCGAAAGAAAAGGUGCUGGUGGCACACACGACACUGGGGGAAAGUGUGUGUGCUUACUUAAUUAUUAAAAAACGACUGGAAUUUGAAUUUGUUGGAGGUUCGUUAGUUAAACAUGUUUACAGAGGCAAGUGUUUAGUUGAAAUUCACUGAGGUUUAAAAACCUAAAGGGCAACAUUCUGAAUUCUGACCUCAGUCAACAAACUGGUGCUGCCGUGGUGCCAGAACCAACAUGUGGUUUACACUCAUCUCGCCGGCACCGUUCAUGAAACGCCUCUAGCCAACAAGCACAAAACGUGCAACGUGUCAUUACCGCUACUGUGAAAUCUUUCGCCACUCGUUUCACUGCCAAGCGUAUAGUGACCUGCAGCACUCCUGCACCACAGACCUCUUUCGUUCGAGUCCACGGCCGUGUGCGUAGUUGCUUUCUCCUCACCGCAGGUGCGAGGCGACUGCUUGUAGGAGAGUGUACCAGCUUUGUGGAAAUUACCAGAAAAUGGUGCUUUCUCGCUGCCUUAAAUGUGCUGAGCUCUGAAGACAUUUAAAUGUGGUGCCGCUGUCCUUUUCCACAGAAACGGUGGCUUAGGGCAGAACCGA